AUGUGGAAUGAAUACAUCCAAGGCAUUUUAGAAUGGAAUUUUAAGUUUGCUAAUGCCAGAAAGGAAAAUGUAUUCUAUAUUCACUCUCAAAACCCCAGUUUUGGUUACCUACUAGAUAAAAAGUUAAAGCAAUAUCUAAGUCACUUGAAAGUGCAUUAUGUUUUUUUUUUCUAUCUACCUUAUGUUGAUUUGUCACCUGACGUGCAUUUCUGGCUGAAUGGCUUAAUGGAUUCAAUAUUUCUUUGCUUGGGAGAUGUUCGAAAUUCUUAUAUGAGUUGGUACAUACAUAUAGAUUUUUUAAAACCUUAUUUAUGA